UCGUUAAGGUGUGCACGUUGGAAGGCAUAUGCAACAAGUUGGACACCAUCCAUCCAUGUGGGGUAUGUCAUCUACUUAAAGUCUUAAACAGGUGUUUGAACAAGAAAAAAAAUGGUACCUAACUUGGAAAAAAGAAAGAGAUGGGAACCUGUUUUCCACAGCACUCAUCCUCUUUAUCAAACACAUAAAAUUGGGAAAGACAUGACAUGGGAAUAUAUCUACCCUGCCAAGGCCCAUGGGAAGCAAGCUAAAUCAUUUUUUUUCCUAUUAGCCGAAACGAAGAACAUUAGAAAGAGGCACAAAUAUACCAAGAGUAUUCUCCCUUUGUUGUUUUCUCAGCCAUGGCAUCGCACAACCAGCUUCACUUUAUCUUGUUUCCUUUGAUGGCCCCGGGCCACAUGAUUCCCAUGAUCGACAUUGCCAAGUUGCUGGCACAGCGUGAGGUGCUUGUAACUAUCAUUACCACGCCCAUCAAUGCUCAAAGAUUCAGUAAAACUAUCAAUAGUGCAAUAGAGUCAGGGCUCCAAAUCCAACUCAUCGAAAUCCGUUUUCCAUCUGUGGAAGCUGGCUUGCCAGAAGGUUGUGAAAAUAUUGACAUGCUUCCCUCGCUGAACAUGGCUGCCAACUUCUUUGUUGCACUUAGCCUGUUGCGGCAAGAAGUGGAGCAAUCUUUAAAAGAGGUAAAUCCCAAGCCAAGCUGCCUGAUUUCCGACAUGGGUUUACCUUGGACGACACAAAUAGCUAAAAGGUUUGAUAUCCCAAGAUUUGUGUUCCAUGGAACGUGUUGCUUUUCGCUCUUGUGCUCUUACAACAUCCUAGUCUCCAGGAUUCGAGACGACAUAACCUCAGAUACAGAGUACUUUGUGGUGCCAGGCCUGCCGGACCGGAUUGAAGUUACUAAAGCUCAGACAGCAGGUGCCACCAACGCGAACUCAUCUGCAUUGAAAGAUGUUACCGACCAAAUCAGAGAAGCCGAGGAAACAUCAUAUGGUGUGGUGAUUAAUAGUUUUGAGGAGCUGGAACCCGAGUACGUGAAAGAGUAUCGAAAAGCCAAGGGGAAGAAAGUCUGGUGCAUAGGCCCUGUGUCAUUGUGCAACAGGGAUAACUCAGACAAGGCCGAGAGGGGAAACAAGGUUUCAAUAGAUCAAGAACAUUGCUUGAAUUGGCUGAAUUCACGUAAGCCGAGAUCAGUGGUUUAUGCAAGUUUCGGAAGCUUGUCUCGCCUGAUGCCUCUGCAAAUGAUGGAGCUUGCAUUUGGUCUAGAAGCAUCAAAGAGACCUUUCAUAUGGUCGAUUGGAGGAGGCGGACAAGUAGAAGCACUAGAGGAGCUGAUUUCGGGAAGUGGAUUUGAAGAAAGGACCAAAGAGAGAGGCCUCCUGAUCAGGGGUUGGGCACCACAAGUGCUCAUACUUUCCCACCAGGCAAUUGGAGGAUUCUUGACCCAUUGCGGGUGGAACUCGACGCUGGAAGGGAUAUCAGCAGGUGUGCCAAUGGUGGCGUGGCCGCAAUUUGCUGAGCAGUUUUACAAUGAGAAGCUGAUUGUAAAAGUACUCAAGAUUGGAGUGAGCGUGGGUGUUGAAGUGCCCGUGAAGUGGGGAGAGGAAGACAAAGCAGGGAUAUUAGUUAAGAGGGAAGAUGUCAAGAAAGCAUUAGAUGAACUGAUGGAAGAUGGAGGGGAAGGAGAAGAGAGAAGAAGAAGAGCAACAGAGCUUGGGGAGAAGGCCAAGAAGGCAAGUGAAGAAGGCGGCUCUUCUCACAAGAAUAUGACAAUGCUAAUCCAAGAUGUCUUGGAACAGCAAAGCUAAGGGAAGUAGCAAAAUGAAAACACAGGCAGGCAAGCUGGUGGACUAAGAUUUCCUGAAUAAUAUUUAUUAUCUGUAUGAUUAUCUAUGACAAGUAAAGCUUUCGGUUUCUAUCUGUUGGGGCAGCAACAGAUAGCCAGCUUAUGGGUUUUUGUUGGCGGAGCCAGCUUAGAGAGGAAACAUAUAUCUUCUAGCGUCCUGUGUUUGAAUCACUGCUUGUAUCGUUACAUAUUAUUAUUACACGAAAAUAUAAUUUUAAGUCUGAGA